UCGGAACCGGCCCACCCCCAGCCCUCAUUCUCUCUUGCUCGACUUGUCUUUAUCUGCUCCCACUCUUGCGCCGCGGCCCCCUCAUCCCACAUCUCCGGCCGCCACCGCCGUGUCGCCUUGGUGUCCUCGACUGAUGAGUACAACAGCGAGAAUUCUUACUAGUACACCAACUCAGCUUUUGACGAAGGCGUCGUCCAGAUCCUUGCUACCACGGAGAACUCCGAUUUCGAGGGCCCUGAAACUGACAUUGUUGUUUUGUGCCACGAACACGAGAAGCAGAUAGAGAGGCAGGUUGCUUUCGAAGGUAUUCUCACUGGAUGGAGAUUCCUUGCUUGUGCUGAGAAGGAGAGUAAGAACUGUGGACUAGUUGAAUGGACUUAUCCAGCUUGGCCAACUACAAUGGAGAAUGCAUUGGCCAACUUAUGGGAGAUGUAUGAAGAGUGCCAGGGGAACAAGAUUGAGGAAAAUCUGAUGAGCUCAUUUGUUGUUCAUAGUCUGACACAAGAGAAGAUCAAGUUGCAGGCGAGUUAUGAGAGGUUGGUUAAAGAUGUCAAUGCCCUUUUGGAUGCCCAGGAGCAGAGGGCUCAGAUGGAAAAGAAACCUGAUGAGAGCAAGCUGCAGGAGAAGUAUGACAUGGUGAAGAACCUGAUAGCUGCUAAAGCCAGUGUCAUUAAGAACAUGAAGUUGAAGCUAACUGAAGAGAAGAAGAAGAUGCAAGCCACCAUUACCGGGCUUGAAAAGGCUGUGGAAAAGAACAAGGUGAAGCUGGUUCGGAUCAAGGCCAUCUUAGAGGAAUGAGCCACUGAAGUAUCAUUAGGCAUUGCUUGCCUUUUGUAUAGUGUGGUUUAGCAUUGCUGCACUAUGGUUAUGGGAGCAUGGGUACUAUGUAUGGAUAUAGUAAUAUGCUAACUAUUUAGUAAUGGCUGUGUAAUGUACUUAUUUAGCA